AUGAGUUUUGUUAGCUUCUUGAUUAUACUCAUCCUCAUCUUCCCCACACUUGCUGAUGCAGAUUGCAACCCUGAUGAGAAAGAUUCCCUCUUGUCCUUCGCAACCAACUUUCCCAACCUCAACUGGUCUUCUACCGAAGAUUGCUGCUCAUGGGCUGGAAUCUCUUGUGAUGAAAAAAGAUAUCGAGUCAUCCGCUUAUCCAUCCCUGAUAGAGGCCUUCGCGGUGUCAUCCCUUCUUCUCUUCAAAAUCUCACCUCUCUCUCUUUCCUCAACCUGUCUUGUAAUUUCCUUUCUGGUCCCAUCCCUGAUGGACUUUUCUCGUCUUUCAACAACCUGCACACCAUUGACUUGAGCUAUAAUAUGCUUUCUGGACAGUUACCUCACACCUGGCCUGCUACCCUUCAAGUGCUCAAUCUCUCCAGCAAUCAUUUCGAUGGGACAAUUCAAACUACCAAUCUCCAGUCGUUUCAAAGCAUGAUCACUUUUAAUAUUAGCAAUAACAGCUUCACAGGCACUAUUCCUCCUAUAUGCACCAAUUCACCGGCUUUAGUCAAGCUUGAUUUCUCUAUGAACCACUUCACUGGAAUAUCCCCCAAGGGUUCGAGAAAUUAUCUUAUGGGCAAGAUUGAUGAAAGCAUUACCAACCUCACAAACCUUAGGAGUCUUGUCUUGUCUGAUAACAUGUUGUCCGGUUCCAUCCCUCAUAAUAUCGGGAAGCUAUCAUUGUUGGAGAAACUCGAACUUCACACUAAUCUACUCAAUGGAAUGCUACCUUUGUCAUUGGUGAAUUGCACGAAGCUUCAACUGCUUAUCUUGAGGUUCAACUCUUUAGGUGGCAGGCUUUCCGAUUUUGAUUUCUCCGGUUUCAGUCAACUCACCAAAGUUGACCUCAACAGAAAUCAAUUCAGCGGGGUGCUACCUAAAAGCCUUUUCUCAUGCAGAUCACUUACCGCCAUUCGGCUAUCAAGAAAUAAACUAGAGGGGGAAAUCUCACCUGACAUACUUGAACUGCCAUCACUGUCCUUUCUCUCGCUUUCAAUGAAUAUCUUCAAGAAUCUCAGUCAAGCAUUGAAUAUUCUUAGCAGACUUGGGAAACUCACCACUCUCAUCCUCAAUGGUAAUUUCUUCAACGAAACACUACCUGCUUCAGGAAUUUCAGGGUUUCAAGAGCUUAACGUCAUGCAACUCGGUGAUUGCAUGUUGUUUGGUCAAGUUCCAAUUUGGCUGAUGUCACUAACGAACAUUGAGCAUGUCAACCUCUCUGAUAAUAACAUCAAUGGCAAAAUUCCUGGAUGGUUACAAUAUCUUCCAAAUCUUUUUUUUCUCGAUUUAUCUAAAAAUUUACUCUCAGGAGGUUUGCCUGUAGAGCUUACUAGACUUCCAGCACUUGCAACACAUCAAGUUCUGGAUCAAGUAAAAAAUGAUAAAUUUGAAUUACCUAUGUUUAAAGUACGACUACAUGGGUCCAGUUGGCAGUAUAAUUGUCUAGCCUCCUACCGCCCUUUGCUGGACCUUUCUUACAAUAACCUGAGUGGAGACAUACCAGUUGAGAUUGGCAAUAUGAAGUCUAUUCAAGCUCUUUAUCUGAGUAAUAACUAUUUCUCUGGCACCAUUCCCAGUUCAAUUUCAAACCUCACAAACCUGGAAACACUAGAGCUCUCUCACAAUCUUUUAUCUGGUGAGAUCCCAACGUCCCUUACAAGCUUGAACUUCUUGUCUUCUUUCAAUGUUGCAUACAACAAUCUGCAAGGUUCAGUACCAACCGGGCGCCAAUUUGACACCUUUUCAAACCAAAGUUAUGAAGGCAAUCCACGAUUAUGUGGUCCCCCCUUGCAAAAGUCUUGUAGCAAACGAUCAGAUCCUUCUUCUCCUCCUUCAGGACAUAAGAAAGGCCUUGACUCGGAAAUGAUCUAUGGACCACUCCUCGGGUUUUGUUUUGGAUUUGGGAUCAUUCUCACAUGUCAAUUACACUGCAUGCUGUCAGAAAGAACGAUUCUCCCUAGAUGGAUCCAUAGGUACUUCAUAUGGGCAUGA